UCACUUGGGAAAUGUUAAUGCAAUCAUAUGAUGGUAUAAAUAAUAUAUAGGUCGAAGCCUCUAGCUCCCCAAUGAUGACCAAUGACAUUUGAAAUGGUAGACACUUAAAUAUGUGAUUCAGUGUCAUUUCAAGAUUACAGCGGUUGAACUGCUGCAUAGGAUUGCUUUCAGGGAACAAGCCCACAGGAGGAAAAAGCGAAUGAUCAGAAUGGCUCUUCACCGACAAAGUGUUUCUUUUGUUGUAGCAACCAUUUCUUCUUUGCAUUUCAUUAUGAGCAUUGUAAACGCCGGCAUUAAUAUGACCGACCUGAUGAAUAACUACAUCAAUGUUUGUGGUCCUGGGUACACAUGUUAUGAUUGGCCAAUCUCUAACCGCCUGAGAGGUGACUACAGAAAAUCAAAUCUAUGUCCAGCGUGUUCCUGCUCGGAAAGUUGUUUUCAAGAACGAAACUGUUGUCCUGAUAAAUAUUUCAACAAACCGUAUUCUGUCUACAAAUCAAUAAUAAUCAAUUAUCCAACUAACUUUGUACGACUGAAUCUAUUACCUCCGUCGUAUGCUAUGGUCAUUUCCUGUCCCCAAAACAGCAGUACAUUGCAGAGGUUUGAAUGUGAAAACGAGGCUUCAGCUGAGGAAAUUUUAACUAGACCACCAGUUACCUCUACAAGGAGUAACGUAUCGUACGUUAAUCGUCCGUGUGCCUACUGUCAUGGCGAAAAGAACGAAGACUUGCAUGAAUGGAGUAUAACUACUGACAAUAAUUGCGCGGUCAAAGGGACAAUUUUUUACCUGUCUUCAUAUGAGGAAAUUUUUGCUUAUGCAAGGAAUGCAUCUUGUGCGUUAUUAUAUGUACCUUACUACACAUUACCGGUUCAAAUGGAGGUACCUUCUCCAAAAGCUGAAAGGAGUCGUUGUAACAACACCAUGAAUAAAAUAAACAAAAAUAUUCAGAAGGCUUGUGAAUCGACGUAUGAUCUUCGUUACAGAAUGUACACUAAUAUAUUUUGUGCAAUGUGCAAUCCAAGCCACCCUGCUGAACAGAUAUCUUCAAAAAUAGCUUCUUGUAACGUGACGGGGGAAUGGUUUGAGUAUGAGGAGGACUUAGAAUUAGCCUGUAGAGAGAACCCUGUGAUUGACAUGACCCAUCCUUACAAAAAUGUCUUCUGUCUCUUCUGUAACACAAGAAAUCCUAACAACACUGAGGAUGAUAAAUGGUACCUCUUCAAUGAUAUCAAAGUACAAAUUUCUGAGUUCGAUUCAUUCCAGUACAAGUUCGAGAAUCUGAUUUUACGAGAAAAUUCCUUACAUGAGGAUAUAUUAAAACACACACAAGCAAAUUAUACAACCGAAUCGUAUAUUUCAGGAAUAAUGACAAUUCUUGAUAAACAAAUUAACAUCUCGAGUUUACUGAUGAAACGGUUGUCUCUCUUUCCGGAGGGCAUAUGUGAUAAGACGCUUUUACCACUUCUUGCUAGAAACCAAACUCGUGAUGACUGUCAGUGCAAUCCUUCGUGCAUGCUCGAAGAGCCUUGUAAAUGCUGUCUGGAUACUGCACUGAUGUGGCCUAUCAAAUGCAUCUCUGACAGCAUCAACACUGGUAGGAAGUCUAAAAUGUUCACUGUUAUCAGCGGUUGUUACAGGACCGACAACCUGUAUGAUGGUUCGGAGUAUUAUGCUGCCAUACGACGCAUGUGUGAAAACAGCAUUGGUCGAUUUGAUAUGUUUCCAGUCUCCUCUGGGAAAUUAUCAUAUAAAAAUAUUUACUGUUACAUCUGUAACAACAAAUUUGAAGUCAUAGCAAAAAGUCUAAACUUUUCUUCACAUUACAAAGCAUGGGAAGUUAACAUCGUGUGUCGGAGGGAACUGAACAUUUAUUAUGCUGCAAGUUUCACUGAUAUGAUAUCAAAUGCACUUUCACAAAACUGUUCGCUAGUCUUCAAUACAGGCGAUUCCUUUCAAUGUCCUAAGGCGUUCAAAACUGGUUAUUCUCGUUGUAACGUCACAUCUAGUCUUAAAACAUUUGACACCGAUAUACAAUGGGCAUGUGAAAAUUCACACUAUAGUGAAUACUUGAACACAGACUUUUGUCAACAUUGCAAUCCACAGGCUUCAGUUGAUAUAGACACGUGUGAUAACAGCAGCAUUAAUUAUACUCCAUUUUAUCAGGAAGCAUGCUCGUUGUUUCCAGAUACUGGUGUUACUUUGCACAAUUCUUUUGAACCGAGGUAUAAGAACAGAUUCUGCGAAUCCUGCUAUAAACCAUGUGCUCCGAAUUGCUUGCUACAACAGAGUCGCCAAUACAUAUGUAACUCGGAUCCAGGAUCAAAUAUUGUUCGACCCCCGCUUGUUCGGACUUUGUUCAUGUUUCACGGAUUUCAAUCCUCUUUAAAUCAUGGGGAGAUGCAAAGUGACCAAUUAAGUUGUUAUCCUGGCAGAAACUUAAUAGACGAAAGAUGUGUCGUUUUCUUUAAAACUGCGACGAGAAUAAUAUACACACUGAAUUUUGAAGUGAAUGUUAACGUUGAAUCAACAGAAACCAUAUCCAACUUCAAUUUGAAUCAAACAGUGAAAGAUAUCUUUUCUGAAAUACGAAGACAGCUAAAACAGAUUGUCUUUCAUGGGAUUAAGAAAUAUUUUGUUAUUCCUUUAAUUACUUCUAGACAACUAAGACAAUGCCAUAAUACCUUAAAUUUCAAAACUCUUAUUUACAUAAAAUUACAAGCAUAUAAUUAUUUUGACCGUUCUGUGGUUGAACUCUCCUUAUUCUCAUUUCCGUCUUCAUUUAAUUUUACUACUUCGGAUAAGUUAAGGGGCAUCAGAAACAAUAUCUCAUCCUUUUCCACCCUUUCAGUCAAGGUACAGGGCUUACAACACACACCGCCAUACAUUGUCGACAGAUGGAUUUAUCCUUCGCCUUCGGCCUACUACGAUUACCUGGACUCUCUUAACAGGUCCCUAUUCGAAUCACCUGUAAAAAAUAACCACGUGAGCUCUUUACUUUUUUGUAAACAAACAGUAUAUAAUAAGGAUGAUUUUACCAUUGGUUAUGAAACUCUUGAAAUAAUCCUAAAGAAGACCCAACAGCGAUUCCAGAUAUGGCAGUUUGUUUUUUCUUUGAAAGGAAAAAUUCAUAUAUGCCAGGAAGAUAUUCAGAAGAAAAAAAUGUCUUCUACUGAAUCUGAUUUACCUCUUCAGAUAUUUACUUUGAUGUGCACAGGCAUAAGUUUAGUGUGCUUACUGAUUACAUUUAUAACGUAUUGUUUGUUCAAGGUGUUACGGACGAUACCCGGUUUAAAUCUAAUGAGUCUUGUACUUUCUUUGUUUUGUGCUCAGCUCUUGUUUCUGUUUUCUAACAAUAAAGACGACCGAAUUGCCUGUGAAAUUGUUGGAAUCCUCCUUCACUACUUCUGGUUGUGCACUUGCUCCUGUCUGUUAAUCUGUUGUUUUCACAUGUACAGAGUGUUCCAUAGUCAGAAUCUGGUGCGAUCAGGGGUUAACUUCACCAUCAGUACCUUCUAUCGAUAUAUUGCAUUUUCUUACUUAACACCUUUAGUCGUUGUUUGUACAAACGUUAUAGUGAUGUUUGCAGUAAACGGGACGCUUGGGUAUGGAGUACAAAUAUGUUUUGUGGAGAAUAUUAUUUCAAACAUCGUAUCAUUCGUUAUUCCCCUCUCGCUCACCUGUUUUAUAAAUUGCUUCUUUUUCUUAAAUACUGUUCGAGGAAUUUCUUCAUCAAGUAAAAUGAGAAAAGAUAAAGUUUCAGAAGUAAAAACGUUUGCAAAGCUGUUCUCUAUUACGGGUUUGGUUUGGUUUGUGCAGAUUCUUGACGCCUUUGUCACAUGGUUUGUUUUAUCUUAUUUGGCUACUGCAUUAAUUUGUCUUCAAGGCUGCUUUAUUUUUCUCAGCUUUUGUUGCUCAAAAACGACAAAACGUUUGUGGAAAGAGAGCAGUUUUUCGAGACUGUCAAAAACGGAUUCCUUAUCACUUACAACAGUAGAGAAGCAGUGUCCACGCGCAAAGGAUUCCAGAAAUGUAAGAUCUACUAUGGACUAUCCACACGUUGUAAAUGCUAGAAUAUUAUAUGCAAUCAGAUUCAGAGUUCGCAAGUGAAACGAAGAAAUAAAGGUACAGGGU